AUGCGCUACUCCCUCCUCCCCCUUCUUGGCGUUGCCGCCGUCCCGGCCCUUGGAGGCUGUCCCUUCGCACACACUGCGAAUAUGGACGUUGAUGACAUGGUGAAGGCACACGCUCGCAUGUCCCGAGGGUUGGUGGCAUCCAAGAGCAGCCCCUCAACUGUUCCUACCUCCUCUACUACCGCUAUCGUCGGCAAGAAGGGCGUGUUCAUGAUGAACCGCAUUGCGCCUGGGACCUCUGAACUAUACAUUGCCAACACAGACGGCAGCAAUGAGCGUCCACUCCUCUCCCACCCCGUCUUCGAGUACCACGCCUCCUUCUCUCCAGACGGAGAAUGGAUUACUUUCACCAGCGAGCGCAACGGCGACGGUAACUCUGACAUCUACCGGGUGCGGGCCAAUGGCUCUGAUCUACAGGAGCUGGUCGCCACCCCAGCAGUGGAAGACUCCGUCGUGAUCUCUCCCAACGGCCGUCUGGCAGCCUACGUCUCCACCGCCAACAACAUGAAGGCAAACAUCUGGGUCCUCGACCUGCAGACCGGCGCGCAGUGGAACCUCACCAACACUCCCAGCACUGCCGCCAACUCCUCCCUCAUGGAGAGCUAUCUCCGCCCUGCCUGGUCCCCCGAUGGCGAAUGGAUCGCCUUCUCUUCGGACCGCAACACCCAAUGGGACGGACACGGCGAGCCGACCUUCCUCGGCCGCACAGGCUGGGAGACGACACAAGAGCUCUCCCUUUACGCCAUCCGUCCCAACGGCUCCGACUUCCGCCAGAUCAUCUCCAAGCCAUACUACUCGCUGGGAUCUCCCAAGUGGUCCGCCGACGGUAAACGCAUCGUCUACUACGAAAUGACCCGGGAAGAUACCUACAAUGCCCACCGUCCGGAAACCAUCACCACGGCCAACUCAACCAUCAUGUCGGUCGAUUUCGCCACCGGCACCGAUGUGCGUGUUGAAGUCGCCGGCUCGGGCGUCAAGCAAUUCCCGCAGUACCUAGAUAGGAACGGCACCAUCGCCUACACCCUCAAGGGCGGCACCAGCGAGGGCUUCUACACCACCGCAGGACUGUACGUCAACACGACCUCAGCGACCCUUCGGUCCCCAGCGUGGUCUCCCGACGGCAAACAAGUAGUCUACGAAAAGACCACCUGGAGCAUCCGCGCGGGAUACAAGAAGCUGUACAGCUGGGACAGCGACUGGGACUACCGGUUCACGGACGUCUUCCCUCAGAUCUCGCACCAAGAGCGCAUCGCCAUCACCCAGAAGCAGCUGGGAAACUCGUCCAUCGUGACGCUGAACACGACCGGCGCUGACCUGCAACUUGUCUACGACCCCAGCACGGCAGACUUCGUCAGCGACAACGAAACCACAGGUCUGAGCGCCUACCAGCCCAGCUGGUCCCCAUGCGGCGAGUGGCUCGUCUUCGGCGUGGGAUUCUGCUACUCGGAGGUACUCGUGAAUAGCAGCUACGCCAUCACCGAGGACGGGGCCCUGAACAAUGGAUUCCCGAGCUUCUCACCGGACGGCAAGAAAGUAGUGUAUCGGGUAUGGGGAGCCGACACCGCGACAUACGGUAACGCCAGCGAGAUCGGGUUGCGGGUGCUGGACCUCGAGACACGCAACACAACUGUGCUGACGACUGAAUGGGAUAAUCUACCCCAGUUCUCCCCGGAUGGAGAGCUCAUCCUGUUCACGCGCAAGACCAGCACGUACAACUAUGAUGUGUGCACCAUUCGACCGGACGGGACGGAUCUACGCGUGUUGACGAGUAGUGGUGCUAACGAUGCACAUGCGGUGUGGUCGCAGGAUGGGAGGAUUAUGUGGUCGACGGGAAUGUAUGGGUUCCGCUUUGAGUGUGCCUUGUAUGAUGAUACGUUUCAGCCGUAUGGGCAGAUCAUGAUUAUGGAUAAGGAUGGGGGGAAUAAGAAGUUGAUGACGAAUUCGAUGUGGGAGGAUUCGAUGCCGUUGUUUUUGCCGAGGGAGGUCCUUUAA